GCAGAAAUGGUUUGAUUCGACCUGCCAGCUGCCAACGAUGCCGUUUCUGCCCUCGGAAGAAACGAGCCGGGCAUCGGGAACGGUUCGCAACCUAGCCCUACUGAACUCAUCUGCCUGUCACAACACUGUACCGCACAACAGUGAGCGUAACAAUACUACUCUGCCUAAGAUAAGGAGAGCUCUGACAAGAUCGAUCGAGCGGCGGACAGCAGCGAGCUCAGCUCACACACUGAACGCGUUGUUGAAGUCGCUUGACCAGCGGGGCCUACUAACCCCGGAGAGUCACACAAAGAUGAGCAUUUGACACAACGCACGGUUCCGCUGCUGCUGAAGAAGCUAUUUCCCAUAAGGGUUCAAUCCCCGUUUCCCCUCGCUAUGGCCACGACUCCACGAGCCCGCUCACAUGGCAACGUUAUUCCAAGCUCAUCAUCCGUCUUUGACGGCAACUGGGAUUCCCGACACCACGUCGGGGGCGCGAACGGCAGCGCAAACGGUCCACUGGUCGACGUAAUGACCGUCAGUCGCGUCAACAUGGCGUCGAAUGCACAUUCCCACACCGCGGAGAAGGUGACAGGUCGCUCUAAACACUCACGGAGGGGUUCCGCCCUCGCGAGGCGCCAAUGGACCGACAUAGAGACAACUUUGCUCGCGGCACUGCACGCCAAGCACGGCAACCAGUGUCCACAGCAGCAUCCGCUGCAAGUUCCAGCUUGACGGCCAAACCGCGUCUGAGUCAGCUGGGCCUGAGAUGCAAGACUUGCAGGACUGCUGCGACGCACCACUGCCCACCGACGGCGCCGCCGCCGCCAGGGACCGACCCAACCGCCACCUGCUGCUUCGGGCCUACGCGCAGGCGGUUGGCGGCAACUGCAUAGACGCCGGCCUGAGAAAGGCGGCACUGGAGGCGGCGCGGGCGCAACUGCGUGUGCAGCAGCAGCUGCUGUUGCUGCAGCAGCUGAAGCAGCAGGAGCAGCAGCAGGGGCAGCAGCCACAGCAAGCGCAGCAGCAGACGGCGGCGAUGGCGUUGGCAGCGGCAUCCGGGUUGAAGAAGAAGCAGCGACGGCACCAGCAGCAGCAGCAGCAGCAGCAGCAGCAGCAGCAGGUCUCGGUGACACCGGCCAACCAUGACAGCGCUGCCAUACCGGCAACCCAUAGACCAGCGGACGGCGGUGCAGGCGGCUGCUGGGUCGCUGCAGGUGAUGGCGGCGCCGUCCAGUCCGGACGUGGCGACACAGCGGCUGCUGGCCAGCAGUUGCCGUCGCCACCGUCGCCGCUGGCGGCGGUGCGCCAAACGGCAACGCAGCAGCUGCAGCAGGCGCCCGCCGCAUCGCGCAGCCGCCGUGGCAGCGCACAUGGUGGUGUCCGCUGCGAUGGCUUUGAAAGGACGGGAAGCGCCACAGUUGAAUGCGGCAGUGCGCCUGUUGCUCCCAGUGGUGCAGGUGCCCUGCCGCCACCACCGCCGCCGGCGCAGCCGCAGCCGCAGUCGCAACUGCUGCGCCAGCUGCGCGCGCUAGCAGAGGCGGCGGCGCAGGGCAACGCUGCCGCGCCCGCCGCUCAUUGCGGAGGCUGGUUCCGUGGCGGUGGCGGCGCUGGCGGCGGCGACGGCCAGGCUAGCUAUCACUCCGCCGCCGCUUGGCAGGGCAUGUCAGCAGGCCCUCACGGCACGCGUGACAAUGGUGGCUGUGCCGGCGGCUUCGACAGCGGCAGCAGCGGCGCUGCCGCUGGCGCAGCAGCCAGCUCCGGCGGGGCCAAGAACACGUGGCCCUUCUCCCCGCCCGUGUCCCCAACGACCUGGGCAAACACCGCCUGCCCCUACGUGCAGCAGGAGCAAGAGCAGCAGCAGGAGCAGGAGUGCGUGAUGACAACGGCGGCGAGGCUGCAGUCGCCCACACCGCCGUCACUGCCGCCGUUGCCCCUGAGGCCAGCAGCCCCGCUACCGCACAACCAGCAGCGGCAGCAGCGGGCGGUGGCGGCCGUGGGAACGACGACGCCGCCGUGGCUGUCAUCAGACCCAGUCACCAGCAGCGCUGUUAUUAUGUUGCAACAGGCCUCGUGCGCGCCGCCACCGCCGCCGCUGCUCCUGCAGCAGAUCGUCCCGGGCAGCGGCGGACAGCCAAUGCAGAUGCAGCACCACCAGCCACCGGAGCAGCAGCCACAGCAGGCGCAGUGUUUUCUGUCGGCGCCCACGCCCGCUGACGUUUAUGCCACUGCCGAGACCGCGGCUGUCGCAGCUACAGCCGUUGUCGCCGCCGCAGCCAUGCGCGCAGCUACUGCUAGUGCCGCUGCCUCUGGCGGCCCUGCUGCCAACGGAGCCCUCAAGUUGGAUACCGCGGCUGGUUUUGGCAUCGGCAGUAGCAGCGCCGCCUACUACGCUAAUGUCGCCGGCGGCGGCUGUAGCAGCAGCAUGGGCCCAAUCCUGAGCCACGUGGCCUCCAUGCACUCGGCAACCCAGCUGCAGCACACGCUGCCGUGCCACCAGACAUACCAGCAGACCCAGCAGCAAUUGGAACACGAGCAGUGGAGCCAGCCAAGCACUCAGGCUGGGGCUGCUUGGGGCCGUCAGCAACAGCAGCAACAGCAGCACCCGCUGCGCCUCAACGGCUUCCUGAGAGUUCAUCAAGAACAACUCCAAUACCAGCUACAGUCGCAGCAGCAGCUGCGGGAGGUGGGAUGCCCACUGCAGCAGCUGUACUGCCCACGCUCGCCUCCGCCCGAGGCUGCGCUGGCUGGGGUGCCCGACGCGCACAGGCAGCACUGGCAGCAGCAUGAGGCGGAGGCGCUGAGCUACAGCCGCCACGCAGCCGCUGCCGCUGGUGCCCCCACUCCAAUAGCUGAUUCUGCCAGUGGUUUCCAGCAGUACCAGCAGGCAGUAGCAGCCUACGUGCCGGCAGCAGCGACGCCCGUGCCGGUGGGCCCCAUGGCGGCGGCGGCGGCGCUUCGGGCGGGGUCCCUUCCUGUGAUGCCACUGCCGCCGAGCUGUGGCGGCGGCCGCGAUGACGCCGGCUUGGCCGCCUCUCAGCAGUGGGGCGCCAGAGGCGCAGCCGGCUGCAUCCUGGGCAGCAGCUUCGACAGCAGCACAAGCACCCGCGGCGCCAACACAACCGCACGGUGGCCGCGGCUGCAGCAGUCGCCAAUUCCGGCGCUGGGGCUGCAGCAGCCUUCACAGCUGGCGGCGGCGUCUAACGGGUGCGCCGGCAGCAGCGGUGGCGGUGCCGCUGGUGGCGGCAUGGCGGUGCAUUACCACAGCAGCAACCCCAGCACACCGGCCAGGGCAGGCAACACACCCAUGCACGCCGCCACCGCUGCCAUCGAGCAACAUCAUUUGCUACAGCAGCAGCAGCAGCAGCAGCAGCGGGUGCUGCUUGACAGCAAUGACACCGACGCCGCGUCGGCGUCCGCGUUUGCAUCCAGCCGCUACUGGCGCGAUUGCGAGGUGACUACGCAGGCGGCUGCAACUGGAGGCUGCAGCGGCGGCGGCACGAGUAGCGCCUCUGGCUUUGGUGGCGCCGCCAGCUUUGGUGGCGACAGCCCCGCUGCUGGCGGCGGCGUUGGCGGCUGGGGCCUUUGUGGCGGCGGCGACGUGGACAUGACGAACGUGAGUGAGGCGAUGGUGCUGGAGGAUGAUGCCUCGUUUGAGGCCUUCCUCGUGAACGCGUUCAGAGACAUGCUACAGCCCGCUCCGCAGCAGCAGCCCAUGCAGCAGCAGCAGCAGCAGCAACAGCAGACGCAGCUGCCAUAGAGAAGAGCCGUACGUAGUAGUGACAGUGGCGUCAGCAGUAGCGCAAUCCGUGCUUGGCAGCAGCAGCAGCGGAAUUGCUGUCAACCCGCGCACCUCUAGCUGCGGUCAGUCGUAGCUUGCAGAGCACCACGCAACGGCAUCCAAUGUGAGAGGGGUGUAAAUUAGAGGGCAU